AUGACAGAGGAGGAGUGGCAUAAGGAGAAAGAAGAGAACAGUGGUGGAGAUCCGAGAGGGCAUUUUAUCUAUCGUGCGCCUGCUGCGGAGGACGCGCAGGAAGCAAACAACGCAGCCGACGACGAGAGCGAUGACGAAGGCCCCGGCAUACCAUACCUUCGCGGUUUUGACUUUAAGCGACAUUUUGCACUCGACGCCGAAGCCACGCUCAAGGUGCGCGAAGCCCUGAGAACGCGGUGGCACGAACCGGAUGCUUUGACUGGGUUCAAAUAUAGCAGGCACGGUGUACACAACAAGGACUUUGAAGGGCCAUUUGGAUGGGAGGACAAAUUGUGUCGCUGGUGGCGACGAGAUGCUUAA